GCACUAACUGCACCGCAGGAAGCAAUACGCUUAGACCCAGAGCACAUUUGUGGAGCAUCAAGGCAAGACGGGCAGAGAUACUUCCAACUGGCAGAGCUGUGCAGUGGUAGAGGAAGAAGAGAACAGGAGAAAAUGAGAGCUACGCAAGACAAGCAAGCAAAAAGCCCAUUCAGCCAGGCCAAUAUGUGGAAAGUGCGGAUGUGGAAGCUGCUCCCUCACGUAAUGCUGUGCCUGUCUUUGGUCAUUUACGCAGCACUGGGUGCGUGUUUGUUCCAAUACAUCGAAGGAAGGGCACCUCCCAUGAAAAAGGAAUACCAUGACUUCUUGGGCGACAUUAUCCUGCAUGUCCAGAAUCUCACCAAACAUCCAUCUACUCACCAAAACAUAGUGAUAGAAGUGGAGCAUAAGAUGAAGAAUUUUCAGACCAAAUGGCUCCAAACACCUGACAUGUGGACAUUCUUUGGCGCAAUGUUCUUCGUAUGCACAGUCUUCACAACGGUUGGCUAUGGAGCCAUCUAUCCAGUCACCCUACCUGGUAAAGUGGCGUGUAUCUUGUAUUCUAUGGUGGGCAUUCCGCUAAUGCUUUUAGUCAUGCUUGAUAUCGGAGACUUCAUGGCUACGUUGUUGACCAAAGCGAUUGUUCAUAUCCAUGCCUUCUUCAAAGUCCUACGCUCACACUGUCUGUCCAAACUGACACUUUGCGGGAACGUGAGAGAGUCGAACCAUCGGACUUUGGAAGACGGUACAAUUGUUUACAGCAAUGACAUUGUGAUUCAUGAACUACUCAACGUCCGGGAAGUCUUGCAAAGUCAAGUGACAGUGAAGUCCAAUUCCAUUCAGCUCCAAAAAAAUCGAGAGAUCUUUGAGAAGAUUCUUGCCAAAGAGAAUCUCCUGCAUACGGGGCCAUUGCUAAGGAGCCUGUCUUGCCCAGAACUGAAUCAAAUGCCACCGUUGCCCAAGGGAUUUGCCAUAUGGGACUUCACCGGAAUGGGAGACACUAUGGACGCGCUGGAUGUACCAUUUGUGCUCAUUCUUUUCAUCGUGUUUGCUUACAUUUUCCUUGGAGGGCUCAUUCUUCCAAUAUGGGAGACAGAAAUGGAGGGAUUUGACCCUUACUAUUUCUGUUUUAUCACACUCACAACUAUUGGGUUUGGAGACAUUGUGCCUCAACAUCCCAAUUUUUUUAUGCUCACCUCACUCUUCAUCAUUGCAGGCAUGGCCAUCAUGUCCAUGGCAUUUAAGCUUAGCCAGACACGACUUGUAGACUGCUACCGCCACUGUAUUAGCAUCAUAAGCAGGGGAAACACUAAUACAGCCAAGGACUAA